GAACUAUUUUACAUUGGGCGGAGGGAGGGAGGAAGGGGGCUCGGUCCGGUCGCUCCGGGAGCGGCACCGGCGGCGGGCCCGGGCCGGGGAUGCUACGGGCGCUGCCCCCGCCGGGACGGCGCUGAGGCGCCGCUGCCCCCGCCGGGACGGCGCAGCGUAAACAUGUCCACAAGUCAAAGAAGGAAUCUAGCAAGUUCAUGUUGAGGUAUAUUCUCAAGACAAGACACAGUGACUCAUUUGCUUUUCUGGAUAACAUAAUCCAUGGAUAAAGUGGGAAAGAUGUGGAACAAUUUCAAAUACAGGUGCCAGAACCUCUUUAGUCAUGAGGGUGGAAGCCAAAAUGAGAGUAUAGUUGUGAACUCCAAUAAUUGCUCGUCUGGUAAAGAGAAAGCCAUCCAGAUAACUGACUUGACUCAACAACAGCCCAGCAGCCCUUUGAGAGAAAACAUUGCUUUGCAAUUAGGCUUAAGUCCUUCAAAGAAUUCAGCAAGGCGGAACCAAAACUGUGUCACAGAAAUUCCUCAGAUUGUUGAAAUAAGCAUUGAGAAAGAGAAUGACUCAUGUGUCACCACAGGAGCCAGGCUUGCUCGAAGGGACUCUUAUUCUCGGCACGCUCCUUGGGGUGGGAAGAAGAAGCAUUCCUGCUCUACCAAAACACAGAGCUCCUUGGAUACUGAAAAAAGAUUUGGUAGAACACGAAGUGGUUUGCAGAGGAGGGAGAGAAGGUAUGGGGUGAGCUCAGUCCAUGACAUGGACGCAGUGUCCAGCAGGACAGUAGGUAGCCGUUCUCUGCGACAGCGUCUCCAAGAUACUGUUGGGCUGUGUUUUCCCAUGAGAACUUACAGCAAACAGUCCAAACCUCUGUUUUCUAACAAAAGAAAGAUCCAUCUCUCUGAACUAAUGCUGGAGAAAUGCCCUUUUCCUGCAGGCUCAGAUCUGGCCCAGAAGUGGCAUCUGAUUAAACAACACACAGCACCUGUGAGCCCUCAUUCAACUUUCUUUGACACAUUUGACCCUUCCUUGGUUUCCACAGAAGAUGAAGAAGACAGACUCAGAGAGAGACGUAGGCUUAGCAUUGAAGAAGGGGUUGAUCCCCCUCCCAAUGCCCAAAUACACACUUUUGAAGCUACAGCACAGGUAAAUCCAUUGUAUAAACUGGGACCAAAGUUAGCCCCUGGUAUGACUGAGCUGACCGGGGACAAAACCAUAACACCUCCAGGGAACUGUGACUCUGAAGAGGACACAACAACGCUUUGCCUGCAGUCGCGCCGGCAGAAGCAGCGUCAGAUGUCAGGAGAGAGCCAUGGCCAUAUCAGCAGGCAGGGGGCUUGGAAAGUGCACACUCAGAUCGAUUACAUCCACUGCCUCGUGCCAGACUUGCUCCAGAUCACAGGGAACCCGUGUUACUGGGGCGUCAUGGACCGCUACGAAGCAGAAGCACUUCUGGAGGGUAAACCCGAAGGCACUUUCUUGCUCAGGGAUUCUGCGCAGGAGGACUACCUCUUCUCGGUGAGCUUCCGCCGCUACAACCGCUCGCUGCACGCACGCAUUGAGCAGUGGAACCACAACUUCAGCUUUGACGCCCAUGACCCCUGUGUGUUCCACUCCUCCACCGUCACGGGCCUUCUGGAGCACUACAAGGACCCCAGCUCUUGCAUGUUCUUUGAACCAUUGCUCACUGUCUCUCUGAACAGGACCUUCCCCUUUAGCCUGCAGUAUAUCUGCCGGGCGGUAAUCUGCAGGUGCACUACGUACGAUGGAAUUGAUGACCUUCCCCUACCCUCAAUGUUGCAAGACUUUCUAAAGGAGUAUCACUAUAAACAAAAAGUCAGGGUGCGAUGGCUGGAGCGGGAACCUAUAAAAACAAAGUAAAUGAAAUUCAAAAUAAGCUUCUGGAACAUGCUUUUUUUUGUGUAUUACAGUUUAACUGCAGCAAGCGCACCGAUGACGUCUAGCUUUUCUGCAAUACCCUAUUUAAGCUGAGUGUUAGUAUCCUGUCAGAUGCUGCCUGCUGUUAAUCAAACUAAGUUGUGAUGCCUCUUGGAAACAAUAAGCAGACACAAUUCUGCACGUUUUUCAUUAAGGCCUAAUGACAAUAUUUUUGCUAAUUUCUAAAUAUUUUGUUUCCCUUUUAUAGCUGUAGUAAUUGGAUGAAGAAACUAUGAGGCAUUUCCCAUGGGGCAUUCAUGUAAUGCUAUUAAAGAAAGGCUUUAUCAGAGGGGCAUUUUUGCUAAUAUUUGAAGUAUUUUUUAAAAAUUCUCUUCUUGAAAACUUUCCUCAACUCAAAGUAAUAAUUUAGCUCACAAACAAGUUUCCAAAUACUAGUGAAUAUUUUCUUAUAAUGAAGAGCAGUUCAUUAGAAGCGGUCCAUUAAGGGUUAAUGGUGCUUUGAUGCUAACAAAUGAAUCAUGCUUUUCACAGUGUAUAAGGUUUCCUAAUCAUUAAGACUUGAAUAUGUCUGCUCAGUACUGUAAUUCUGUUACAAACACUUGGAGAUUUAAGUGGCAUUGUUAGUAAAAGUAAUACUGUCUGAGACAGUUAAAAAUACCUUCCAGUGUGAAUUGCUGCUUCUGUGGUAGGACACAGAAUUAGGUUAUUGCUGUGAAACAGAAGGUUGUGGGUUUUUUGCAAAACAGAUUUUGGUGGCCUGACUGCUAGUAACUUACAAUGGAAGGUAAUAGUGACAAGAAAAAAAUUCUUAAUUAUUUAAAGUUGUCUGAUAUUUUUAUGGAGAACAUGAAAAAUGAUUGAAUUAUUAUAAUCAGAGUACAAAAUCUGACAUAUCUGAAGCAAAUGUCAGGUUUCAAAGGUACUGGUACACUUUAUUUGUAAAUAUCUUUCCAUCUGUGCUUUUAAAAAUGUUUUAAAGUAAUAUGCACUGAUAAUAGUUUCAACAGAUUACUUAGAAUCAAGAUUCUAACUUCUGUUUGCUUAUUUACUUGGAGAUGGAACUUAAAAGUAGUUCUAUCUUAGAUAUUUUGCACUAAAAUUUUGUUGGAAUGCCCUGACCCCUGUUUAAUGUUUUGUACCAAUUCUGAGUGCUCCCUAGUUUCUUUACCAGCUGCUACAGUAUUUUAUUUCUUACUUCUCUACGGCAGUGACCUGUGUGAGGUAGGAAACAUUUUGGCUGCAAGUACAAUAAACGUUAUUCUUGUAUGCUACACUAACCCUUCUAUUGAUGUAUUUUUCUGCUUGCUGUGCCUUGUUCUGGCUUUUUGUGCUAAUAAAGUACAGUAUGUUCAGUGUUAUACUUGUA